AUGAUGACGAUGAUUUCGAAGAAGACCCAUAUCUGCAAGACCUCGAGUAUGUCUCCCAAAUCAAAAGAGAAUGAGAAAGGAGAGAGAAAGAAAGUCAAAGAGAAAGAAAGAGGUGUCUCUGAUCUAACAACCCACCCACCAUCGAUACCUCACUCAUCACCAUCUGUUGUUCCUACCAUGAGAAAACGAAGGUGUUUGUUUUUGGGCUCCAAAACUGGCCCCACCCUCCCCUCUCUCUCUUUCUCAUGGUUGAAAAAACCUCCACAUGAGGUUGUAUUUCUGGUCAAGAAGAGGCAACAGCCUCCCUCGUUCUCCACCACUGUUCCUGUCGAAGAGGCUCCACCCAAACACCCCCUCACAGCCGCUAAAAACCCCAAUCCUAUUUUCUUCAUUGGCUCACCGGAAAAACGAAGCAGAAGAAUAGGGACUGCCGCCUCUGAUCUAACCCCCUCUCCACCUUUCUCGUCGAAGCUCAACCCCCAAACACCCUACUUUGAUCGGCUACUGCAGCUGCCCCUCCCUUCGAGUUUCAUCGCCGGACAGAAGUUUGAGAUUCAACAAAAAUCGAGACCCAUCGUUGGGUCUCUUUGGUUAACUGAUCGCGAUUUCAGGAUGCACAAGAAGGAAAUCGGGACCCUUUGUUGGGUCUCUUGGUCUCAGUUGAAAUCAACUAGUCUCGACAAUGUGAUUCAAAAUGGCAGAGGUGGCGAUGACUUACCAGCAGCAGCAGAACGACGUUCCACAAGAAGGGAUAGAGAGAAGCAACGACAGGUGGCUGGAGGUUGUGUGGGUGGUUUAUUGAAAGAAGAACAACGGUGGAAUGGUGGCGGUUUUGUGGCAGCCCUACUGUUGGCUUUUCUUGCUUCUAGUGGUUCACAACACGGAAGGAAAAAAGGGAAAGCAAUAACAGGUUUUCAAGGGUGUUUGUCAACUUGCUUGAUAGAAAAGGAAUCGAAGGAGGAGAGUGUGGUGGUUUAUGGGGGUGGGGCUUAG